AGACUGAUAUGAGUGGGAAUAUUAGUCCAUUUGUUGUUGUGUAUUAACAAAGAGUCGACUAAAUCCAUUGUUGAUCAGUUAUAUAUCCAUUUUUAAUGUUGUUGCUCCAGCUAAAUUGUCUAGCCAUCCCACGACAAUGGGUUGGUGGAUUCCGGGAGCGGCAUUCUUUUAUGUUGCGUUUCUUUUAUAGCAGUGUCAGUACGAGUGCAAUUUUGACCAGUCUAAACCAAUAGGUUCUGAAACGAAAAUAUUUUUAGCAGCUUUCAAACGCGAUUCCAGAUAUCAUUUGAUGGCAUUUACUGGGGCGUGGUUCGCAUACCUAUAUUUUGGAUGAAUUUAUUUAAAUAUUUUUGACAAUGUCUAAAGCUACAAAAAAGUUUUCGACUUAACUCUAUUUUAGUAAAAACUCUUUGGUUUAUUUGUAUCACAUGAAAAUAUUGAUCCAAUAAGUGGUCAUAUGAUGUGCUUAUUGAAAACGGUUCGGGAAUCAUAGUAAAAUGAUCGAUUUUUUGGCCUGGAUGUUUGUAGAGCCCCCAGAUAUUUAUGGAGCCCCAUAGGAAACCACAGGUCCCAAAAAUCAAUUAUUCGGACACAACACCCAAAACGCAUUAAUAACUCGUUGGAUAGGUUUUCAUUAGCUUUCGAACUAUACCUAUUUUCCGGAAGGUCGAUAAAACCCCAUACAAAUAUGCAUAUUUUGUCCCUUUACGAAGAAGCCAGCCGAUGACUUAAGCCAGUCUAAAAAAGUCGUUUCGUCGUUUAUUUCUUGAGCAAAAAAAUAAUUAUCACAAGAAGAGAUUUUUCGACAUCAAAUGGCGAAAUGUAGUACGAAAACGACAUACAAAUAAUUGAAUUAAGUAAUUCUUGUCCCUUUUAUGGAUAAUAAUGAUAAUAUGGCUUAUAUGAACAACUCUACAUCCACUCACUCCUGUAAAAGCAAUAUAGCUCUAGAGAGAAAUAUUGUUUUUUAUUAAUGGUAGGAGUCACAAGCCACUGGAUUCAAUGCUGUUUCAUUAAGAAUGAAUAGAACAAAAGAAUUUUAUCAUUUUAAUGGUUUUUAAAUGUUUCAGUGAAAAGGAGUGCCAGAGAGACACCAUCACACACUUACCACUAUGUAAAACUUUUUGCUGUUGGUUAAACGGCUCAUCAGGCAUAUUUGAUGUAGAUCAUCAGAAACAUAUAAUAUUUGUCUUAACAAGGCAAAACUCAAGAAUUAAAAUAUUAGAACAUUUGAAAAUGAAAACGUUUACGUUAAGGGAAUUUAGGAAAAUAUAAUUUCUUCACUAAGACGGAUAAGCACUCUAUAGUCAAUCCCACGGCAGCGGGUUCUACGAUACCGGAUUGACCCGAAACAACAAGAUUCCAGUUUCGGCCAGCGGCUGCCAACCCAGUAUGUACAUGUUUGUGUUUGUUUAUUUUUCUGCAUUGGGAGCAGCAUAUCCCGGAAUGCUUGCUCCGGAUUUUAUUGGUCCGUGCCGGGAUUGAGGAAAACCCCGGACCUUGGUUCUGCUCGGUUUGUCAGAACGUCAUCCACCACAGAUCUGUCUCGGUGCGAUGUAAUGGAUGCAGAGAGUGGGUGCACUUCAAGAACUGUUCCGGAUUUAGGCGUUUGCGAGACUACAGCGAAAGGGACUAUGUUGCGACUUGCUGCAGUAACGUAGUCCCCAGCGAGUCCUCUUCUUCGUCGUCCUCGUCAGAGACGUCGUCGGAGUAUGGCACUCCACCGCAGUCUCCAGAACAGCAACCAACACCGCAGCACCUAACGCCACAUGUUGCUGUUCCAACUCCGGAUUGUGCAUCAUUCUUGCAAUUCAAUUGCAACGGACUUCGAGGCAAAAUAGAUGAGAUAGUGGAAUUUAUGAGUCGGAGGAAUAUUAAGAUCGCAGCGGUGCAGGAAACCAAGCUGAAUGAAAAUUGCAGCCUACAACGUUGUUAUGGUUACAACGUACUAAGGAAGGAUCGCACCAGAAGUGGAGGUGGGGGAUUAACGUUCCUGUUACACCAUUCUGUUCAGUACAGACCUAUCUCGCUUGAGCUAGUCUCUAGUGACCCAUACAUGGAAUGUGUGGGGGUAGCAGUCAAGUGUGGAACUGCCGAGGUAGAGGUGCUUAAUGUGUAUAUCCCGCCGAUUAAUAGCUGUGAACCACGUUAUUUGCCUGAUAUUAGCCCAUUAUUGGUAGGCAAUAACCGCCUGGUACUAGGGGAUUUUAAUGCCCACCAUGAGUUGUGGCAUUCCGUCCUAGGUAAUGACCAGAGGGGAUCAGCGCUGGCAGAGCAGAUUGACUGCUCCACAUUCUGCACGGUUAACGAGGAUGCCCCCACCCGAAUAAGAGGAGAGUGUCACAGUUCGCCAGAUUUAACCAUAGUGUCACCCGGUCUGAUAAAUGACGUGACUUGGCAACCCGUCAUUUCUCUUGGCUCAGACCAUCUCCCGAUAAUCGUCUCCAUAAGCAGGUCGCCCGAUUUCAUAACCUCUGAACGCCGCACUUUCCUUAACCAUGGGAAAGCUCACUGGCCAGAGUUCAGAGAAUUCACCAACCGCCGCUUCAGAGAACUGCCCAACCCUUCUGAUGUUCGGGUAGCAGAAAGGAUUUUCCGAAACAUCAUCAGAGCUGCAGCCGCUCGCUAUAUACCUGCUGGUCGAAUACCCGAGAUAAGACCAAACUUCCCAGCAGAGGCAGCGGGAUUAGCAAACGAGCGUGAUGAUCUCCGUCGUACCAACCCUACUGAUCCUAGAAUCAGUGAUUUGACAGUGGAAGUCAACCGGUUGGUACAGGAGCAUAAGAGGAAAAAGUGGCUAGACCAUCUGAAGUGCUGCAACAUUGGAACCGAUAUGAGUAAGCUGUGGGUAACGGUUAAGUCGCUCUCGAACCCUGGAAAAAAGGAUGAUAGGACCUCAGUCACUUUUAACGACGUAACGGUGACUGAUCCGAAGAGGUGCGCGGAAUAUUUUAACCGACAAUUUGUCGAGCACCCCGAGAGUGAUAGGGCGAAGCGAAGAGUACUACGUCGUAUCAGAUCUCUUCCCGCCGAGGAGGAACCACCACAGUUUACGAUGGGUGAUGUUGCAAAUGUCAUCCGUAACGCUAAGUCAUCCAAAGCGUUGGGCCCGGACGGAAUCUCAAUGGUAAUGUUGAAGCAGCUGGAUACGCCGGGAGUCGAGUACUUAACAAAAGUUCUCAAUUUGUCGCUAGCCACCCACAUAGUGCCCGAAAUCUGGAAAAUGGGCCGGGUGGUCCCGCUACUGAAGCCAGGCAAGGAUGCCAGUAAAGGCGAAUCGUACAGGCCGAUUUCGCUUUUGUCGCCAGUAGCAAAGACUCUUGAGGCUUUACUCCUCCCCAGCAUUAGAGGAAGCUAUGCAGUUGCCAACCACCAGCAUGGAUUCCGUCCACAACAUAGUACCACAACAGCAUUACACGCCAUUUCCACACAUAUUAGUAGAGGACUAAACCAGAACAGGCCGUGUGACAGAACAGUGUUGGUAGCCCUUGACCUAUCAAAGGCAUUUGAUACGGUCAAUCAUGCCACACUGUCAGAGAACUACCCUCCGGCCAAGUUUGAAACGUUGGAUAAUCAACUAUAUGUGUGGACGCCAGUCGUACGUGGAAUUCCGGAACAAGAAGUCCAAAGCCCGUAGAGUGAAACAGGGAGUUCCCCAAGGUGGGGUGAUAUCUCCGGAACUGUUUAACCUCUACCUUUCCGGAAUUCCUCGCCCUCCAGACGGCAUUGAGAUCGUAACGUAUGCGGAUGAUUGUACGAUCAUGGCGUCGGGUCCAGUGGUCGAUGACAUAUGCGAAAGGUUGAACCCCUAUCUCGCGGAGCUUGCCGCAUACUUCCACGCGAGGAAUAUGAAAAUAUCCGCCACGAAAUCAACGGCCACACUCUUUAUCACAUGGUCUGCGGAGAUGAGAACACAGCUGAAUGUUCAGGUCGAGGGGAAUUUAAUACCGACCACGAACUACCCCAAGAUUCUUGGGGUAACGUUCGACAGCAUGUUCAAGUCGUCCGCGCAAGCCACAGCUAUCUGCGACAAGAUGAAAAGUAGGAACAAGGUCCUCAAGGCGCUAGCCGGCAGCUCUUGGGGUGCGGACAAAGAAACCUUGUUGACCUCUUAUAACGCGAUAGGUCGGUCUGUGGUCAACUAUGCGGCUCCAGUGUGGUCUGCGAAUACUAGUGCUACGCAGUGGAAGAAUAUCCAGACCUGCCAGAACGCUGCCCUGAGAACUGCGACAGGGUGCCUCCUCAUGACACCAGUGGACCAUCUACAUGAGGAGGCGAAAGUCCUUCCCUUACGUCAGCAUAAUCAUAUGCUUUCGUUGCAGUACCUGCUUGGGUGUUACCGUGAGAGCCAUCCCAACCAUCACAUGGUGGAUAACUCUCCCCCACCCAGGCGUGUCAGGAAGGACAUACAUGAUCUAGAGAGGGAGGUCCAGCGCUACAAGAGAGAGCCUCUAGAUCAAGAAGCCUAUCAGGCAGGUCUGAGUGGCAUUCACACCGAUGCAGUCGCGGAUGCUAUUAGCAGUUAUAAAGUGAAUGCCGUCCUCGGAGUCCACCCCCCAUCCAUUGCAGCCGAAGAACGUCAGCUGCCUAGACAAACCAGAGUAGUUUUGGCGCAAUUACGUUCAGGAUGGUGUAGUCGCCUCAAUUCGUAUUGGGCACGAAUUGAUGAAGAUGUGCGUGACGCCUGCCCGGCGUGUGAUACAGGCCCGCACAAUACGCUACACCUUUUUAAUUGCUCAGCCAAACCUACCCAACUCACUCCAGAGGAUCUCUGGCUACAGCCCGUUAAAGUAGCCGAAUUUCUAAACCUGGAGCUGGAACCAGAUUAGCAGAACACAAACACACACACAUGUACUACUGCUACAACAACAACAACAACAGCACUCUAUAGUACUUUCAGUAUAUUUAAGUCUGAUUUUCCAAAACAACAUCAUCAUAAAAAUUUUGAAACUUAUAUGAAAAACUUGUUAAAAACUCAAGUCACCUUUUUAUUUAUUAAAGGCUUCUUAGCCAGGAAGGAGCGUUACUUGCUUAUUCUGGUUAUGGCGAUAAAGACAAAGAUGCAAGAGUUACA